GUGUGCAACAUGGAAGAAACAGGUAAUUUGUAAGUCCUAGACAAUGUGCUCAUACAUGUUGGUGGAAAUUCUGAAGGAAACACUGAUUUAGAGGCUCAGUCUUCUAAAAUAUGUGACCCACAAGCUGUCUUAUUUGCAAGACUAUAGCUACUGUGGAAAUUGCCAGCUCCUGCAAACUUCCCAGUACCAGCCAGUCACUUGUCACUAGCAGCUGGGUCUCACAUGUUACUCACUCUAGUGCCUGUUCCCCUCAAUCUGGCGUGAAGAGCAGGAACAUAUGAAAUGACUCAAACCUCCUUCCUGGACUCAUCUCCUAUUCCCUUCCAGCCUUUAGAGGUUCCACAGAAGGUCAUAGAUGACUGCUGCUUUUCCUCUGAAGAUAGACAGGAUGUGUACUUACAGUUUUUUCUUUUCACUCUCUGAUUACAUGUUGUUUUCCUGCCAGUGUUCCUUUCCCUUUUUCUCAAGUUUUUGGCUUUGUCCACAGUAUUAUUCAUUAGUCCCUAUCUGUUCGUAAUUAUAAAGUACAAUGCUUCUUGUCAUUCUUUAAUUUUAUUCUUUAAAUUAAAUUAUCCCUCAGUCCUCAGACUUUUCUUGCAAAUGUAAGAAUUUCUGGUGAGAAAAUUAUCCCCUUAACAUACUUUAAAGAGAUAUCUUUAAAGCUCUGAGGUACUUCAGACUCUUAACCACAGUCUCUAGAAUUAAUAGAUAACUAGUUUCACUUGAGCUUGUUUUAUUACAAACCAGAGUCACUGCACUGGCAAAGAUGAAGACAAGCUGUGCAAGUCUUUCACACUGUAGAGAGUAUAAUUAAGGCAAUGGAAACUUCAUGAAAUUCUAUCUGUGCUAUAAAAACUAAGAGCACACAAGUGAAUAGUUAUAAUUUCUCAGUAUAACUUAAGAAGUAGAAACUUAGUAAGCUGCUGUAAUUUGGUUGCCCUGGAGUUGUGUGCUUGUACCAUGAAGUUCUUCAUGACCCCAUGUACAGCACAGCCUGCUUCAGCCCCACCAAGAAAUAGAACAAGUAGGCUAGCUAAGAGCUGGAUCCACUGAUAAAAAUAAGAUCAUCUGACAGCUGUACAGACCUCAGCUCAAAAGAGCAGCUACUUUAUGCACGGAAAAGAGAGAGCAAGAGCACACAGCCCCAAAAUGUGUCCAACCAUCUCCAUUCCCAGAAUACCAAUGGCAGACUGUGCUGCUGUGGUAUCCAUUCUGGAUAUCAGCCUCAGGUAGGACAUAACCCUUUCUUCUCCCUUUACCCUCUGCUUUCUCCUCUUCCUGCCAAGUUUAAUGGUUUAAUAUGCUCUUUAGAGUAUACCUAUAAGCUUUAAUCCUAAACUUGGCUUGAAAAGAAUAAACUAUUAGCCUGUUGGCAUCAGGCAGAGGGUUAUUUCAACAUAACUGUUUCCACAGGAUAGCAGCUAGCCUGUAUUUCACUUAACCGUGUCCAGCGAUUUAACUUAACACAUUCGAAUCAAACCAGGAAGCCAAAAUGCAUUUGGCAGGCUUACCAAUACGUUCAGAAUAAUGCUUGUCACUCCCUUUCUUCCUCUCCCAACUAUUUCCUUGCCUUCUCAAAUGCUACAGACUCACCACCAGAUAUCUGCUGUUGCACUGCUCUUGGACUGGCCUCCCUGGCAUCCUAAGUACUUCAUCAGCCAUAUGCAGAGAAGAUGAAUCCUCUUUCUCUCUCUAGCCUCCCUCGUCAUGACUUUUUGCUUAAACUAUGCAUAAAAUAUGCACUAAUAAAUAUUGUCAAAGAUGGGAUGAGAGGAUUUAAGAAAGGAAAUUUGCCUGUGAAUUCCUACAAUUUUGUGUUCUCCGUGUUGACUGUCAGGUGUACUUUGUUAUGUGAACAAAUGCCCUGUACAUAGUCCCUUUAUACUGGAGAAUCUGCAACAGCAAACCUAAACCCAAGAUCAGAAGCAAUAAUCGUGUCUGCUUCCACCUGCAUAAAGAUCUGCUUCAAAAACUGACACAAAUGGUCCUGCAAAGAAAAUUAAAUGAUCAUUUCCUCUUUUUCUAUUGAAUAAAUAGAAAAACAUCUUAAAAGAGUUUUCAGUUAACAUGAGGUUUUGGGAAUUAUGCUGUUACAUCCCAAGAACUUGGACAUAUUGGUGUCUUCUAGAAAGUGCAUCUACAUACAUCUCAAGCUUUAUAAUUCUCUCUGAUUAAUGGUUUAAAAUGGAGUGCUUUCCUCUGCUGUCCUGGAAUACUGUUAAUAUUUUUUUCUGAGAUGGGAUAUUAUGAUAAUGUAUAUUAUAAAUCUUUUCUGAGGGAGAUUUCAGUGACUCAUAACUGCUCUUCAGGUCAAAGUACUCAUCUGCAGCCAACAAACCAAAUACAAAGCGAUUAUUUUGAAAAGCAAUCACAUAUAAGCUAAGCACUUUUUAGAUUUACUGAAAAAGAAAAUAAAAAUCUUAUAAAUUAGGGUAAGGUUUUUAAACAUAAAUUAGUGAGGAAGCUUAGUGUUAAACUUCUUCCUCUCAGCAUCUCAGAUGCAGAGGAAAUGAAAAGUCAUAGGCAUGAAGUUCUAAAUUCUCUGGACUUGGAUUUAUUUUGGGUACUGCUAAAACCUGAUAUGAGAGUCAGUCCCUAUCAAAUGCAGUUACAAAGGAUUUCAAAACAAGUGAAGUAAACUGUCACAAAACUCCAGUAAAAUAACACUAUUGUGUAGCUCUCCCCAAUUUCCUUUCUCUCCUUUUCAUCCUUCUUUCCUUUUCACCUUCCUCCUCAGAGUAUAUAAGAAAAUGUUACAGUAAAGAAAGAGUAUUUAGUAAAAAUAAAAUGUAAGUAAGUUUAUCUCCUUCCUUUCCAGUGCCCUUUUAUACUAUCUUGAAAGGGCCAAAGCAGACCCCUCACACCUACAGUGCACUAGUUUAGGGCUUUUGUCAACAAGCAUCACAAGAGUUCAGUUAUAUGAAUGCCAUCGAUAAGGGCAUCAGAAGCCACGUGCAACUAAACCUGAAUUAGCUGAAAAGAUAUAAAAUUGAGAUUAUUUUGAUUUAAGAACAAAUAGUCUUGACUUGUACAAUAAAACUUCAAUAAAGAAUAGCAGAGAAUACAAAGUUUUUCCUGGCUGUCUGUAUAAGCCACCAGGGGGAACUCAUUCCUCAUCGAUAUCAUUUACUGAAUCAAGUAUCUGAAAAACCACCUAUUCUAGAUCCAGGUCUAGCAAGUCACAGGGUUCAGCUGAGAGCUUAUCUUCACAUAAGCUAAAAGCACUUUUAUAUAAAAUCUCAUAAAUCUGCAGUGCUUUUUCCAAUCUGCCCCUGAGUUUAUCAGUCAGGCAACGCUCAGUGCAGCAGAGCAAGUACAAGUCUGGCAUCAGAGGGACGGACACGCUUCCAGCCGGCUGAGCUGUGCCAUGCACGUCAACGCGGUACAGGCAGUGUGCUCUCAUGCCUGCUUAAAACUGUCCUGUGACUUGCGCUAAAUCUGCUGGACUGACAGAAGAGUCGAUGGAGAGCCUACUUCUGCCUUCUUGCUUGUUAGACUCACUCCAGAUCAGUGGCUCUCAAAUCAGUGGCCACGGCUCUGUGAUUAAUAAGAAACCUUUUUUGACAUGGUGGCUGUACACGUAAAAGGCAACUCCUCUUUAAUGGCUGUUUCAUUCCUCCUUUUCUUUUUGCCGCUACUGAAGUCUUCUUGCUUUAUUUUAGUUUCAUUAUAUAUUUUGCUAUUUUAAAGCCAAAUUUGCGCCUUUUGAAACAUAACUCUAUCAUUGCUAUGAUUACAAAGGGUUCGUAUGCUUCAUUAUGUCCUGUUAAACAACUGCUAAAAUCUCUGUGUGAUGUAUGUGCUCUGGAGAUAUGUCAGGAAAACCAUGUCAUUUUGAAUUCAGACUUAAAAGCCAAAUAUUAGAACUUUCUUUCAGUAUUGAACUCAAUUAGGUGGUGUAAUUCUUCUUAUCAUCUGUAGGCACAUUUGAAAGUAUCAAAGAGAAUUCUCUAACCUUAUUAAAUUUUGAAAUUUUUAUCUUCCAUUGUGAAUUAUUACAUUUAUUAGCUCAUCAGUUGAUACCUGUAAGUACUUUUAACAGAACUCUCCUCAUCUUCCUUAACUAGUUUGUGUAGCCCCUUCUCCUGGGCACAGUCAGCUGAGUUUGUGGCAUAUCUCUAUUCCUAAAUUAUCUUUUGGGUUAAAUAUGUUUGGGCUUCUGAAAGCCAAUUUUUUGCUCUUUUGCUACUUCACCUUUAAUAUGUGUAAAAUAUUCCCCUAGCAUACAUACGAGUUAUGAGAAUAAAAGCUACAAGUUCUUUUAGACACUAUGUCAGAAAAAUUGAGUAUUUGUUGCAUGUAAUUUUUAUUGAAUUUCUUGCAUAGCACAAAAUUGAAUACCUAUGUCUUGCAUAUAUUGCUGCUUUUUCAAUUUCAACAAAUACAAUUUCUGAUCUAUAAAGAGCCUGUGGGCAUAUGUAUAAAUCAAGAAGGUAACUCAUGAAAAAAUAAUUCAGUUAAUACAAGUUUCCAUAUUUUAUUAUAUUCAGAAAAAAAACCUUGUAAUUUUAUUUUCUCUCAGUUAGAUGGUGAUUGUACUUUUUUGGAUGAGGCAUUGAACUUUUUUUUUUAUCUAUUUCCGUAGUUGGGACUAGCAAUGUUGCUGAUUUUGUGGAGUAAGAACUGACCCAGUUUAGUCCACAGAGCUGAUAUAGCAGAAAAAUACAAAAGAUUAUGUUAUUUUUUUGUGUAUUGCACUGACAGACAAAAACAAGGGAGUCUAAUUCCAAAAGUGCUUGGAAAUUUUUUGUUUUAUUGUUUCAGACCUGAGUAACAAAAUCUGCAAUUUAGGCUAUGUUUUUCAACAUAGCCCUGCCCUAAAUUAAAAUCAGACUCUGAAUCUGUCUUUAGUUAUGACAGGGAGAUUAUGCUUUCCUAUGAACACAUCUCAGUCACAAUUUGACAGCUUUUGUUAUUAACUGUAUCAUGUUCAGUAUCCUUCUGGCUACACGCCUGUGCACUGUACGGCCAAAUUAUUCAGCGUUUGGGCUUGGUGUUCUUCAGCUGAUUGCGUAGGGCCGUUCUCCCCCAGCCACUCCCAGGCAAAGCAUGGGAACAGGUCAAACAGAGGAGAAGGGAGGGGGGAUCAGACUCAUCAGUAGUAAUUUUAUGGAUUUAUAAACUUGUUUUCACUAAGAAAUAUCACUAUGCUAGCUUCAAAGACCUACCUGACAGUACAGAACAUUAGUGGCUCAAGUCAAUAACAUGUGAGAUGGUUGCAUAAAUUCCCAUCCUUACCUACAUUUGGAAGUACAUCAUCUAAUUAGACUCCUCCACAGUACCAGAAUGUCCUUUAAGUAUGGUGGGCUUGAUAUGACAUUCAUUCUGAAAACUUGUGAAAGGUAUUGACUAACAUAUGUAAAAGAGUGGAUUUGUUUUUCACCAUUUGAAUGUAGAUUUUCUCUUCUUUAUUUUGCAUAGGAAACUUUGUGAGCCUUUGAAAUUAUGCCUUAGCAAAUGUUACUUCUGAUGAGUCAACUAAACUUGCCUUUUACACGUUUCUGGUAAUCAUAUUUUUAGUUUUUCUCACUUCCCUAUUUUAUGCUGUUUUCUCUUUCAUUUUUCACUCAUGACUAGAGCUAUAUUGUCUGGAAAAAAUGCAACAACAAAGGCAGAAAUUCUUUUUCUUCACAAAUUUACAAUGAUAAAAGUGGUAGUGCUACAGUAGGAUUAAUUAAGAUUGUAGAGAAUUUGACAAAAUAGCUGAGUAUUCCCUGAAGCCAUGUGACUGAGGAUGACUAUGCUUAUUUUUUGUUCCUCUUUCACCGAAACAAAGUGUUCUGUCAAAUAGUAUAAUAACCAAGAUAAGUAACUAUGUUUCAACUUUUUUUUUUCAUUUUGUUUACCCCGGGACUAAGUGAAUUGCUUUGUACAUCACCAGAUCUAGAAAUAUCAUAUAUCUUUUGCGAUUCUAUAGUUCAGACCUUUGUGUUUAAUAUAACACCUUGCACCUUGGUGAAUAAACCAAUCUGGAAUGUUGUUCUUACCUGGAUUCCACGAAGCGACAUCACCUUUUUGAAGAUAGUCUUUAAAGUCUGGUAUGAUGGUGCCAAAGCAUUAGACUGGAAAGAAGUUCUUUGUAGCGGAGCUGACGAUGAAUAUGUUGUUUGUGGAGCGCUGAAAGGAGAAACAGUUGCAACAACAUUUGAUGUUAAAGGUGCAAGAACGAUGUUUCCAAAGGGAAAAUAUACUAUUAUUAUGCAAGGAUUCUCUGAUGAUUCUGAAAAGAAUAUGCUCAUAUGCCUAAAUUUCACCAUGACAGUAAAAAAAGAAGCUCUCUGAAUGUGACAAAUGUUACAAACAAUUCCAGAACACAGAGAUCCCUUCUGCAAGCAAUCAGAAUCUGAUCUAUGAAAUAAUAAGCACACUAAUUAUCCUGGGAUAAAAUACAGCAUGUACUGUAUGGAAGCUUGCACGAUGGAUAGUCUUAUCCAUUUAUAGCACUGCUGUAAUCAGAUGCUCAGCCAAUGUGCACAACAUGUCUGGGAAUCAGGCCUGCUGAUUAAUCCUGAGAGUGAUUCUGAAUGGAUGUCAGAUUAAUAACUGCGUUUCAGUGCUGUGCCUUGAGUAACGAAAAAGCUGAGUACUUCAGACCACGCUAAACUAACGCAAGAAUUUUUGAAGUCCUGAGCUGCAAGAACUAGGUAUUUACCAGCACUCAGUUUAAAACAUGACAGCAUUUGAAUCUAGAACCUUGUUUUUCCUAUUAACGAUAAAACUCGACUGUAUGACCAACUUGAGAAACAGUUUUCAUGCUCCUGUUAUUUUCUGAUUAUCUUUAAAGGCUUCCAAAUCUCCUCCUCUGUUUUCACCAUAGUGAAAGAAAAGAGUUCCAACUUGUUAUCUACUAUUAGCUGAUGUUAAUAAAAUCCAAAGCGAAAUAUCUUACCAUA